ACCACCUGACGAAAAUCAGUGGUAACGGAUAAACAAAAAUGGCGGUUCUAUUAUCAUAAAUAACCAUGUAGUGGUUUUUAAUUUAAAUGCCUUCUUUGUAUUUUUUCCAAAAUUAUGUUGAAAGAAAAACAUUUAAUUAAUAUGGGUUCAACGGGACAUACUUUGGAGGGAUUCGGCGGAGUACCAGAACUGACACCUGAGCAGCAGAAGAUUUUAAUCGAAAUUCGGAGACGAAAAACGGAAUUACUACUCGAAAUACAGUUGAAAACGCGGUUAACGACUACGCCGAUCCUGUGUUUUCUUAGAUUGAACGGGGCAUUGGUGGAUGAUUCUUGGCAGCCAGUUGUGUUGGCAUCUGAACAAGUAACUGAUCCGGAUUUGAAACCGAUUACUGAGCGGAAAAAAAUAAACGGCGACCCGAUUGGCAAGAGGUAGCACCUGAUUCUCCCAAUGUUGAGGCGCAAUGGGAUUUGCUGGUGAUUGUCAAUGAUCUUCUAACUAAAGCGUAUCCCGGAGAGUGACAAUGGACAACAACGAAGGUCAUAGUUGUGUAUUCCGAGGAGUAGAGUUCCAAAAGUCUUGAAACAGCUGCACGAGGGAAUUUGUUCACUUUCUAACACUGCACUAUACUUAACUGGAACGCCGCUUGGGGGUCUCUGCCAUAGAAACGUAGCGCGGCGAGAGAGAUAAGUGCAAGGGGGAUUUC